AUGGGGACGAAGAAUUUCCAUCGAGACAUCAACGACCUCGUGAAUAUGCCUGAGGAAAUGUUGACCCGUGCCUCCAUGUUGAAUGCCAACGACACUGAUGCUCUUUGUGAAAAUUGCGAGAAGAACGUGGAUGAAUGCGAAGGAGAUCCUUGCCAAAACGGCGGUUCCUGCGUGGAUUUGGUUGCUGGUUAUCGGUGUAUAUGUUCACCAGGUUAUUCCGGGAAAAACUGCGAGACGGACGCGGAUUUGUGCGUGCCGAAUCCUUGCGCAAAUGGAGGAACGUGCUUCAACGCAGGGGCCGGGUACCAGUGCGAUUGUCCGCACGAGUUCUUUGGCAGGAAUUGCACGGAACCCAGGCUCACUUGCCUCAAUCCUCCUUGCAUUCGAAUGAACAUAUGUUCGGUGCCUGUGCCAUCGAAUGCAACUGGGAUUACUGGUCACGUGUCCAUGAGUGAAUACGAAUUGGUGCCAUCGAGAAUUUGCGGAGAACAUGGGACCUGUGUUUCGAGUGCAGAAAAAAGCGACGAGUUUUCCUGCGAAUGCGAACCCGGUUUCACAGGAAGAUAUUGUCACAUAAAUAUAAACGAUUGCGCAUUGGUGAGUUGCCGCAACGGAGGGACAUGCGUGGACGGAGUUGAUUCGUAUCAGUGCAUUUGCCCGAUCGGGUUUGGAGGAGCUCAUUGCGAAAUCGACGAGGACGAUUGCGAAGGAAACCCGUGCCGGAACGGCGGGACUUGCGAGGACCUGGUCGGGGACUUCCGGUGCUGGUGCCCGUCGGGCUGGAAGGGCAAGCGGUGUCAGACCAGGUCGUCCCUGUCGCACUGCUCCGUCAAGCCCGACGACAAGUGGUGUCAGAACGGCGGCACGUGUCGGGACCGCCGCGAGACGUUCGAGUGCGAGUGCGCCGACGGCUGGACCGGCGCCUAUUGUCACCUGCCGGCGGUGUUGCCCUGCGCCGCCGACCCGUGUCGCAACGCCGGGACCUGCAUCAACUCGGGGUCCGGGUACUCGUGCAUUUGCCCCGACGGGUUCAAGGGAACCCACUGCGAACACAAUAUAAACGACUGCAAUCCGUACCCUUGUUACAACGGCGGGACUUGUGUGGACGGGAACAACUGGUUCCAUUGCGAAUGCCCCAAGGGAUUCAAAGGACCCGAUUGUCGCAUUAAUGUCAAUGAAUGUGCUUCGAACCCGUGUGCUGAAGGCGCCACUUGUUUGGAAGGCAUUGGAACCUUCGACUGCAUUUGCCCUCCGGGGAAAUCAGGGAGACGAUGCGAACACGACGAAACGGGGGUCAUGAGGUCAGGCCUGGCGGGGAUGUGCGAAUGGAACAAGCGGUUCUACCCUGCCAAUUUCCUCUGGAACCUCCGCUGCAAUUCCUGCGUGUGUGCCAAAACCCCGGGUUCCACCUGGGUCGCGGGCUGCUCGGAAAUAUUCUGCGGGCAAGUGUCGGACACCACCGGCAAGGACCCCGCGGGGUCGACCCAAGACUGCCGGGACUCGGGCAAGGGCUGUCGUCUCGGGGAAGUCUGCGCAGCCGUGCCCAGGUUGCAUUGCCUGUCGGGGGACUGUCCGCCGCGGGGCAAGUGCGUCGACAGUGACACCGGGCUGGACGCAGGGUUGCCAGACACGUUUGCCGAGUGUUUGCCGACCGCGAAUAACCCGCCGAACGGACUGGGCACGCAUUCUUUGGGAGGCAAUCAGAGCAUUGCUGAGUGGAAGACCCCGAUGAGGAACCCGCCUUUGGUGUUUAUCCUGUGUGACCUGAAACCCGGGACCAAGUACACUGUCACUGCUGCAAUUUCAACUUUUGGCAAGGACAAGCACAAGGAUGGACCAAGUUUGGGAAGACAGCUUGCUGAUGCUUUGCAGAGAUGGUUGGAUGACAAGACAGUGGGCCAUUCAUUAGAUGGGAUCCAGAAGCCUAAUUAUGUCUUUGGAAUUUCGCAAAUUUACCUGGAAAUUGGAACUGCUGGAGUGAAUAUUGAAUCUGAAGAACAUCGACUUCUUCAGAAAGAUGAUGGGAAAUUCUACUUGAUCAUACUCCUGUCUGCCAUCUUGGUGACCAUUGGAAUAAUUGGAACGUCGGUCCUGCUUCUUUGGCAUCGGUAUCACAGAGCCAAGUUGAAUACCCUGAGUGCAGGAGCGAGUUCUUCCAAUAUUGGGCGAGUGAAUCAACUGAAUCACAUCAGUCCUCAACAUGAGAUACAAAUUGCCCCAGCUCCUGUUCAACCUCAACCCAUUUCUGCUCGGGAUAAGGUGCAAAAUGAGGAAAACCAUCGCAUUUUACUUCAAAGGUACAACAACAACCUGAACUCAGCGCCAUGGCAAGAGGCGACAUCUGGAGUUAGAAGUAAAUCCCGACCGAGGUUCCAUCAUGAAGCAGCUAUGAUGAGAAGAAGCAUGUAUGCAGCGACUUGCUUGCUGGCCGCGACAAGAGAAGAAAGGGAAGAUGCCGUUGACAUCCCUGGUCCAAGUCAUUUGAACAAUCAUCUCAAAUCCAAAGCGAGCUUUUCAACCGAAAUGCUGGACACCUUGGGCUGCGAGCGGGUGGGUUUCGGUCGCCAGGUGGCGCCCCCUCCGCCGUUGUUACUCGAGAAACUCGCCGCUGGUUGCGGUGAGCUUGUGAAGGAGCCCAGUUGGUCUGUAGGCUUCCAUGAUGAGACUGGGAACAGCAAGAGGCGACCGUCAGCCAUUUUGGUCUCUGAGGAGGAUGAGGAAGAGGAGGAUGGUGGUGUCAUGGCGUCACCGGAAGUCAUAGUUUGAUUUUUGUUUUCGGAUGUGAUCAGCAUUGAUUUGUUGAACUCGGUUUUUUUUUUGCUGCGG